CUCUUCAGUCCCGGUCUGCAGUAAGAGCGAAGGAGUCAGAACCGUUUUCCCUCAUCAGACUCUGGAUUACAGCAUGGGUCCAACAGCGUUCCUCUUCGUGGUCUCGGUGCUGGUUCGGUGCGCCUCCGGUUCCUUCCCUAAAGCACAGAACGUCACUUGGAAGUCCACCAACUUUAAGACGUUGCUCUCCUGGCAUCCCGAGCCGUCCCCGGAGUACUCGUACACUGUGGAGUUUUCGGCGAUUGGACAGGACAAACAGAAUUCUCCUCACUGCGUUCUCUCCUCUGAAACCUUCUGUGACCUGACCAGCUACCUGACAGAUGUGAAGGCCUGCUACACAGCCGAUGUGCUGUCUGUGCCCCCGCGGGGGGUCACCACUGACCUCACUGAGUUUCCACACUCCAGCUCAGAGAGAUUUUGCCCCUACAAAGACACGGAGAUUGGCCGUCUGGACUUUGAGCUGAUAAGGAAUGAAGAUAAGACCAGCACCACACUGCAGGUGACAGACUCGCUGACCGCUGUCUUCAGAGAUGGACGCCAGCUCAGCAUAAGGGACAUCUUCUCCGAUCAGCUGCAGUACAAAGUCACCUACUGGAGGAACCAAAGCACUGGCAAAAAAGUGCUGCAGUCUAAGGACAGAAACAUAACCCUGACCGACCUGGAUCGAGGGGAGAGCUACUGCUUCUUCGUCCAGGCUCUCAUCGCCGACCGCAGCCUGGACAAGCAGCUGGGGGAGGUGAGCCAGACCAAGUGCUCCAAAAACGACAAGCCGUCCAUCUUCCAAGUGUUCUCCCUUGGAGUCAUCGCUGCAGGCGUCCUCCUGAUGCUGCUGCUCGUCGGAACUGUGGUUGCCAUCGUUCUGGUGUGCUACAGACACAGGAAGAGAGCUCUGAGGAGACAGAAGGGAUUGCCGCUGCGGGAGAUAUAGCGUCUGCGGGUCAAGACGGUACUACUGAGCUCCAGGCUGCUAGAUGUACAAUGUCAAAAUACUGGAACCGUUUCCUCGUGUAGUUUCUGUGAAACUUACUCCAAAGUUUGAACUUUUUUGGUUUUGUUGCAUUCCGAAAGCUGAUGGUUACGCCUGGUUCAUACUGGACGCAGAAGCACCACGAAGCGGCGAGGAACGCAGGUCGCUUCCAUUCGGCGCCCUUGUUAACCUACGGCGUGGUUCAGACCAGACGCGGUCCGCCGCGGAAUGCUCGUGAAAUGCUUUUUUCUGCCUGAGCUGCGAGCGAUCUGCGUGAAUUCUGGCAGGAAGUUACAUCAAGAUACAUGAGAAAAUUUGGUUUAUUUUCAAAAUAUAACCAAUUUUUCAAAAUAAAACACCGCGACUGACAAAUGCCAUCCUGUGUUUGUGUCUAAACAGACUGAAGAGAUGAAAUAAACAUACAAACACAACAUAUACACACUUCUCUCCGCUCUGCCUCCGUGGUGCUUCCACACACAUUUUGUUCCGCGGUACUUCCGCGGUACUUCCGCGUCCAGUGUGAACCUAGCGUUAGUUUCCUUUCGGCUAACAGGUACGAUAAAUUCUCCACAGGAGUCGCUUUAUUUAUUAACUUCACCGUAGACUUGAAUGAUUGGGGUUUGGGGAUUCUAGUAGGACACACUACACUAAAUCAGCACUUAUUUGUGUAUCUAAUGCGUAUUUACUGUAUUUUGAUUACAUUAAUGUGGUGAUUUCAUUUGACAGUUUUAUUAUGUUGAAUUCUUGCAGAUUUUGUAUUUUAGUUUUUACCUGGUUCACUUUUUUUACUGUGUUUAACUAUGAUAAUGCUUUGACAAUGUUAGAAUUGAUGUUAAUUGAUGUUUUUUUUUUUAAUAAACAGUUACUGAUUUGUUAGAAAACAGAGCCCGAAUAUAUUGAGAAAAGUAAAAAUGACGUGGUCAGGACCACCACAGACAAGUCCAGGAAACCUUUAACACCAGAGCUCCAGUGUUUCUGUUCUUUGAUUUACUAUAAUUUAAUAAUUAUUAACAGGGUUUCGUUAACGGUUAACAGUAUGUUAAAGACUUUGUGUUUAAGCGUCACCGAUGACGCUUCAGGUGUUAAAGGGUUAACAUACAUGAGAGGCUCUGCAUUAAAUCUACACCAUGCAGGUUUCAGUGGCAGCAGUGAGCUAAAGUGGAGAUAAAGUUAUCUUUCCAUUCCAAGAUGCCCACGUCUGCUAUCAUUCAUGAAAAGUAUAAACACGCCCUAUUAGGACGUAAGAAGGUUGAGAGGAUUUUCUUCAUAUAUAUCCAGUGAAGUGGUGCACUGCAGGGUGUUGGUAUUCAAAUAGGAACAUGAAUGCAGGCUCUGUUGUAAAGCUGUUUAUAGGUACAACACUAGGUAGUGCUAAACAUCAGGAGUCCACUUUUAGGGGACAAGAAACUCAAUGACAGAUUUACUGAAAGUUGCAUAUCACAAUGAUGGUUUUUUUGUAUCCAUCUUCAAAGCUCCUCCUAUUUCCUCUUUAAUUAUCCUCUGUACCCGACACACACUACCACACAGACAUGACGAGACCGGGUUAUUUCUAAUUUAAGAUGCAGCUUUAUGCUUUUGUUUUGAAAAGUUGCCCUUCCUGCAUAAAUAAAACCUUUCCAUUCAGGUUUCUGUCUGGGAAAAAUAAACUGCAUCCACUGCUGCCAUGUAUAACUGUCCUUUGGAAAAAUGACUUUGCCAUCCGUCACAGCUGAAUCCAAAUGUUUUGAACAUAUUAAUCCUGAAUCGAUAAUCUUCCUGACCUGAACCAGCAGUGUUACCAUGCCGGGAACACGAUGGAGCUGAGACAGUGGGGCCUACGGUGGCCUUGGAGGCACAUCUUAGCCAGUUUAUCUGGUGUUAGGGGUUCUGAACGUUCUUCAGAGAAUUCAUGCUGAAUUAAAAGGUGGAGUUGUUCAAGUGUAAGUUUGACAAUUAAUAAAUGCUGCACAAUGAGAGUUCAGAAAACAUGUCAAUCAUGUUUACUUUAGUGUUUUUCGUACAUUUAAGUGAUAACUUAUUGUUAAAAUAUUCUUUAUUUUUUUAAUUUUAUGAUCAACUAAAGUUACUACGAUGUAAUGUAUUUGUGUUGACUUGUUACACUGUUUAACAAAGGAUCUGUAGAUGAGAAAAACACAACAACUGUUUUCAUACUUUGAUUUUUUUUUUAAUAAAGUUACAAAUUCUAAUUAUGUUUGUAUCUCUGUGUUUUGCACAUUCUCAAGUUCAUCAUGAUUUCAAACGAUUAGAAAGCUCAUU